ACGCGAGGGGACGGCGUGGAAAGAAAAUUCCAGAGCCCAACCAAAGCUCCAGUUCGCAGCACAGCACUCAGAGAAAAAAAAAUGAAGAAAAAGGCGAGAUCGUAAAGUGGCAGAACGGAAUCCCAUUAGCGCAGCGCAAUUAGGCGCGCCACCAAUUAAAGAAACCAAAAGAAUUGGGCGCAGCACCGGAAAGGCGAGGCCUUUGCGCACCGUAGAAAUUACCGGCACCGGCACCACGACCAAUCGAGCAGCCGCCGAGCAGUCAGCAAGAGCCAAGAGCCAAGAAGCUCUCUUCCUGUCUCCAGGCUCUGUCUGUGCCCUCUCUCCCUGCGUUCUCACUACCACCUGAAAUAUCAGGGCGCCCGCGGGCUCCCAGUUCCACUGAUCCGGGCUGUGAUUUGGUGCGACUUGGUGGUGGAGUUGGUGGUGUGCGUCUUGGUUGCUGCUUCCUUCUUUCUCGCUUGGAGGAUUUGGAGCAGUUCGUAUUCAGGACUGGCUGGCCAUGAUCGAAGGGUUCGGGGAUGGAUUGAGGCGUGGGGGGAGAGGAGGGCAGCUUCCUGAUCUUCGGUGAUCGGGUUUGGGUUCUUGGGAUCAUCGGAGCAAGCAUGGCGGCGGGUUCGAAUUGUCAGAGGUUCUGCUGACCUUUGCAAUUUGAUUGAAAGGACCACUCUAUUCUGUGAUCUCAGCAUAUGUGAAGCCCUCUCUGAUGAAAAACUGUUAUCUUGGUUGCUUCUUGAUGAGUAAUUUUGGAUUAUUCCUGGCCACUUAUGUCCUCUGAUCAUCCAAAGCAUACCCAUCUAUUAGUUGGUUUUCCUCUAUUGGAAUUACCAACUUUCAUAAGCAAAUUCUUGUUUUAGGGCAAAUCUCCUUUGGCAAAUAUAGUUCGGAGCACAUCAUCUUGUCGACCUACUAUCCUGAGCAUAUUCCCUUGUUGGAUGAACUAUCUACAGUGACAAGACUUCCAAAUAAUCUUCUCUUAGGAGAUUCUCAUUUACUUUGAUGGAAGAUUCAGAAGGUUUCGUUCCUGGUCAAUCUUCCUCCAUCACAGCUGAUUUGCUGGGCAAAUCUCCUUUGGCAAUAACCUACCAAUAGUUCUUCUGGGCAAAUCUCCUUUGGCAUUAGCUUUUACUUCAGAUCUCUCUCUGGGCAAAUCUCCUUUGGCACUAGCUCUAGCUUUAGUUUCAGAUUUCUUUGUGGGAAAAUCUCCUUUGGCACUAGCUUUAGCUUCAGAUUAAGGUCUGGGCAAAUCUCCUUUGGCAUUAAGUACUACUGUUUCUUAUUUACUAUUUUGGGUAAUUCUCCUUCGGCAGUGAGUAUUAGCAGCUAUAUCAGGGUAAUUCUCCUUUGGCAUUAACACUCAAGUGUGCUGGCUGUAUGCACAUAAGUUCUACCAAAAUAUCACUCUUUCCUGUGGUUGUGUUUUCAGUGAAAGACUGAAUAUCGACAAGUACUCUGGAAGGGCUUGGAAUCAUGGAUUUGUUUGCAAUUGACUCGGAUUGUGAGUCAUACAGUGGGACCAGUGACAGCGAGGACCAAGAAGAAUGUGAAUUUACAUACAGUGACCAUGCCCAGAACAUCUUGUCAAGCCUGGACGAGAGCAUUGGCAAGAUUGAUGAUUUCCUGACUUUUGAAAGAGGGUUUCUGCAUGGGGACAUAGUCUGCCCUGUUUCUGAUCCCUCAAGUCAACUGGGACGUGUUGUUGGUGUUGCAAUGUUUGUUGACUUGGAGACAAGCUCUGGUGACAUAAUUAAAGAUGUAAACAGCAAGAAGCUUUCAAGAGUGAGAUCCUUUGUUUCCGGUGACUGUGUGGUUAUGGGACCAUGGAUUGGACGAGUGAUCAGAGCAUUUGACUUGGUUAGUGUUGUAUUCAGUGAUGGAGCGAAGUGUGAGAUGCUGUUAAAGGAUUCUGAGGUACUGAAGCCCAUUCCUCCUAUCCUUUUUGAAGAUGCACCUUAUUUUUACUAUCCAGGUCAACGUGUGAGAAUUAUCCAUCCCUCGGUUUCCAAGUCAGGAACAUGGCUGUGUGGAUCAUGGAGGCCCAGUAGAGAUGAAGGUGUUGUGUCUCAUGUAGAUGUUGGGCUGGUGCAUGUGAACUGGAUCGCCUCUGUGACAAAUGUUUGGGGAGAUCAAUCAUCAAGUCCUCCAAACUUUCAGGACCCAAAGAACCUCACAUUGUUGUCAUGCUUCCCUUAUGCUAAUUGGCAAUUGGGUGAUUGGUGUGCUCUUAGAGCUGAUGACGAUGGAUGUCUAUGGAUGAAUUCUAGCAAGUAUUGCGUUCUUCGUAAGGCCCAAAAGUGCGACUCUCGCAUGCACAUGGGUUUUCAGGCUUAUGGUUCAUCAUGUUCUCAAACAUAUGUUGUUGCAAAGACAAAGAGCACUGUUGAUGUUCUCUGGCAAAAUGGAAGUAUAUCUCUUGGCCUAGAACCCCAGACAUUGGUUCCUGUUAGUACCCUUGGUGAUCAUGAAUUUUGGCCAGGGCAAUUUGUCCUUGAGAAACUGACAGUAGAGGAUGCUGGUAGGUGUCAGCGAGCUGGGAUAGUGAGAGAUGUGGAUGCACACGAGCGAACUGUAAAUGUAAAAUGGAUUGUUGCAGCAGGUAGUGACACUGUUAGUUAUGGAAGUGACCCCAAUGUGGAAACUGUGAGUGCUUAUGAAUUGGUAGAGCACCCUGAUUUCUCCUUCUGCAUUGGUGAGGUCGUUAUCAGGUCAGCUGUGAACAUAGGCAUGUCUGAAACAGAUCUCACAAAAGGGUCAAUAGCAAGCAGGGAAUCAUUGGUUACCGCUUCUGGCUUCUUAUCAUGCAUUGGAAAUGUUCUUGGGUACAAGGAUGAUGAAAUUGAAGUCCAAUGGGCUAGUGGUGUGGUAUCCAAGGUGCAACAUUUUGAAAUAAUUGGAUUAGAUAGGCUUUUGGAUAGUUCACUAGAAUUGACGAAUGAGGAACAUACAACAGUAGAUGUGGCUGAACAGGAGGAAAUGCACCAUGGGAAUACAAACAAUGCUCAGGAGGAGUAUACUGAAGACUGCACCGGAUCCUUGUGCAAAGCCACUGCUUUCCUCUUUCCCACGACAGCUUUUGAUUUUCUGACAAAUGUGGCUGCUAGUUUGUUUGGUACUCAUGGUUCUCCAUCUUCAAGCUCAGUUAUGGUAGAUCCUCGAUAUCAAAUUGUAAAUGUGGCAGAACUGCAGCCAUCUGCAGAAGAAUUUUCAGAAGCCGAACAGAUAGUGGAGUUGGUGGCACAGAUUGAGAAGCCAAAUCUAUCUUCAGAAGAUGGCAUUCCAAAAAGAUUCGAUGUAGUGACUGACUGUUCCGAUCAUCACUUUGUGAAGGAAAAUGACCACGAAAAUGUUACAAGAGUUUGGGUGAAGAAGGUCCAACAAGAAUGGACAAUCCUGCAAAAUGAUUUACCAGAUGGUAUUCAUGUAAGAGUUUAUGAGGAAAGGAUGGAUCUUCUGAGGGCUUGCAUUGUUGGGGCAGCCGGAACACCUUAUCAUGACAAUCUUUUUUUCUUUGAUAUUUUCUUUCCUCCUGAUUAUCCUCAUGAACCACCUUCUGUUUACUAUCACUCUGGUGGCCUCCGCCUGAACCCAAAUUUGUAUGAGUCGGGAAAAGUAUGUCUCAGCCUUCUCAAGACAUGGACAGGAACUGGUAAUGAAGUGUGGAAUCCAGAAAACUCGACUGUUCUUCAACUGUUGUUAUCCCUUCAGGCCCUUGUUCUCAAUGAAAAACCUUAUUUCAAUGAGGCGGGCUAUGACAAAUUUGUGGGAAAGGCGGAUGGAGAGAAGAACUCCAUCACAUACAAUGAGAAUGCUUUCUUGCUGUCAUGCAAGUCCAUGAUGUAUGUUUUGCAUAAGCCACCAAAGCAUUUUGAGAAGUUCGUCAAGGAGCACUUCACUUGCCGUGCCCCACGCAUUCUGGAUGCUUGCGACGCUUAUCUUGGUGGCGAUCUCGUCGGACAUGCGCGUGACAACGCAUACAUAUCAGAGGACGGCAGCAAGAACUGUUCAACCGGUUUCAAGAUAAUGCUUGCCAAGCUUCUGCCGAAACUUGGCGCUGCCUUCUCCGAGGCUGGGAUCACCAGCGACCAGUGAACCAGAGCAAGCAGAGCAAGCCUUCUCCCUGCAUCAGUGAUGAUAGUUUGCGACAUGGGUAUUGUAGAUUCGCCACAAAAAUGAGACCGUUUAUCGGUGAUGAUUAUGCGUGUAUUCCAAAAUAAAUUGCUGCAUGUUGUAUGUGUUACUUAUGUAUGUCUUGUAAAUGCGGAACAGUAUAUACGCAUGAUUGCUGAACUGAAAGGUUGCUAGCUGAAGGCAACUGGAGUGGCCGGGUUUGGGUUGUGUUGUCCUUGGGUAUAAAAAGUAUGUAAAUGUGUGUUUUGAAAUGGUUUUUGUCUGUAUUGUUGACAGAACAGCUGUAUGUAUAUAUAUUUGCUCGUACUACAGUGUGAAAUAAAAGGCUACAGUGUGAAAUACAAAGGCAACA